AUGGGUCGGCUCGAUCGGAGUGAUACCACGGCCUCACAGAAGACCGACGUGAAACAACCACAGCGUUGUGUUUCGCCGCAUUUGCUCAGCAGUAGACUAGUUAUACUAAAGGGUAGUGGUGGUGAUGAUGAUGAUGAUGAUGAUGAUGACGAUGAUGCUAUCUUUGAUUUGACUGCACGGUUGGCGCGGUGGCUGGGCAACUGGCUGCCGCGCAACGUGUCGCGGGUCGGCAAACGGGCAGAUGGAUUACCUGAUGAAGAGAAAGCCAAAGAGACAGAGGCCAAUUCUGACGUGAAGUCAGAAGAGCAGGCAGCGACAAAGAUCCAAGCGGCUUUCCGUGGACAUCGAACGAGGAAAUCAAUGAGCAUGAAGACCAGCAAGCAGCAACCACAGCCAGAACCCCAGCCUACCAAGGCUGAGCUGGAGGCAGAAUUCCGAGCUGAUGAUAAAGGUCCCGCUCGACUAGAACCAGAACCGAGAGUGCCGAGCGUAGCGUUCCACGCGCUAAAUGUGGGCCACGGCCACGGGGCCCUAAAUGGCCAAAGUUUAGCCAGGGUCGCGGGUCAAGCGUAA